AUGGAGGAGGAAAAAAAGUCUCGUGUGAGGGCUGCGGCUGUUCCGCUGCCACUUCCACUGGAGACUAUUGCGAAUAGUAACAGUGAUCUCAUCUCCAUCUUAUCACCAUCCGGCCCUCUGCAGACCCCAAGGGCCCCGUCUAUCACCCGUGGGGGGGAAAUUGAUAUGGACGAGGAUGAUGGCUACAAGAGCUCUAAUGAACAAUCCCCAAAGCAUAGCAGUAGUGGAAGUUGUGGGGAAAGACCUGAAAGUGCGGAGAGCAGUCAGAAGCGCAACAACAGCAACAGCAGUAAUAAUAAUAAUAAUAAUAAUAAUAAUAGUAAUAGUAAUAAUACUAAUAAUAAUGAUGAUGGGACGGGGAGCAGCAGUGAAAGUGACAGUAGUACUGUUGGGAACGGCGAUAUCGCAGGGCGGGGCACAAUAACUCCUUCACGAGGCCGUGAAGGGAUGACGAGUGUCAAGGAGCAUGAUGCCCAUUUCCAUACUAAUACUAAUAGAACUAAUAAUAAUAAUAAUGAGGAUAAUGGUUGUGGGCGAACACUACGUGCUGAGCGUGGUGUUCCUGUUGCUGCUGACAAGUCAUCCUAUCAUAUAACGGUGAGUCCUACAAAAUGUGCCACUCCUGCCGCUGAGGAGGAUCUGCAGAGAGAAAUUCUCUCCAUGGCAGAAACACUACGCUGGCAAUGGGGCGGUGGAAGCUGCAGUAGCAGUAGUAGUAGCACUCAUAAUAAUAACAAUAAUAAUAAUAAUAAUACUAAUGAUAAUGAUAAUGAGAAUAAUAAGUAUACGAAUAAGUGUAACAGUGAUGAUAAUGAGAAUAGUAAUAGUAAUAAGGAUACUGGAAAGGAGAUGUCAUCAUCGCGUGAGGACCUGCGCGAUACAUCUGGUCCCUCUGCAGAUCACCACCCACUCCCAACAUACAACAGCGAUUAUCCCAGCAGUCCGGCAUUCAAAAAACCAUCACGACUACUACAAUUACAAUUACAAUUACUACAAGAACAACAACAACAACAAGAAGAAGAACAAGAACGACAACAAUUACAACCUCUCCAACUACUACAAGGACCACCACUCCCACUCCCACUCCCACUCCCACCAGUAGCAGCUGCAGUCCCGUAUCAAUUGGACGAAAAGGAGGAGAAGGAGGAAGGAGAAGAAAAAGAAAAAGGCAAUAUAUCGCCGGUAUCUAAAUAUCUCCUUCACCACUCCGGCCGUGCAGGCGGUGGACGCCGUGCGGUCUGUCGUCGUCGUGUUCGCGGUGGUCGGCCGACAACUGUUUCUGGUCUUCUCGGUGCUGGUGGGAGUGGCGCCACGACUGUGGCCCUUCACAAUAGAGGCAGUGCGGCAGUGGCGGGUGCGGCGGCCUCCAGUAGUGCCUCUAUUGGCGGACAUCAUGUCACUAUCCAGAGAGAUGGAGUGUUUAUGAAAGAGUCGUGUUCGCGUCGGGAGGAGGAGUUUUAUGAGAAGGUGAGGCCCGUGCAGGAGUAUGUGCGCUGCCAUACACCCCUGUUGGCCUCUCUCUACUCGUAUCAUGAUGAUGAUUACGAGGAGGAGGAGGAGGAGGAGGAGGAUUAUGAUGGGAGUGGUACUAAUACUACUAUUACUACUACUACUACUACUACUAAUAGGAAGAAUAAUAAUGGGAAAGAAGAAGAAGAAGAAGAAGAAGAAAAUGAGGAAAGAGAAGGUGGUAUGGAUGAGAAUAAGGAAAGGGAUGAGAAUAGUGAUUAUAAUAACGCAGAUGGCACUGUAAAGAGAAAUAAUUAUAAGAUGUUAUGGCGUCAUUGGAGAAAACAACAACUACGACGAUGGUUCACUGGUGUACCUGCCUUCUCUGUGGAAGGUAUCAGUACAGUCCAUCGCAACAGAAGUGCCAGUAUCGGUAGUAUGAAUUAUUGUAGUAAUAAUAAUAAUAAUAAUAAUAAUAAUAAUAAUAGUAGUAAUAAUAAUACGAGUUAUAAUGGUAGUGCUGAUGGGGGUGGAAUGGAUAGCCAUUAUCGUCCUCAUCAUUAUCAUCAUCAUCAUCAUCAUUAUCAUCACAACAGUAAAGGAAGAAGUAAGAAGACUGAAUCUGAACAGCAUGAUGGUCAACGCUGGUAUGUUUUGCUUCAACUCAUUCCAUUUAUUCCACGUUUUAUUGGACUCUGUCGAAUGACAGUAACUGCAGAUAGUGGUAGUGGUAGUGCUGCUGUUGUUAGUAAUACCAAUACCAAUAAAAAUACUACCCUUCCUAAUACUACUACUACUAAUACUACUAGUAGUAGUGGUAGUACGAAUACAGAUACGAAUAAUAUGAAUAGUAACAACAAUGCCAACAACAGCAGUGGUGAACCAGGCCCGCCGGCUACGAAUGCACUCAUGGAUGGAAAAACAACAUCCACCCCAACAGCCGUCCCAACAUGUAAAGACGGAGAUGCUUUAGCCAUCAGUGGCGGUGGUGGUCCUCCUCCUCCUACUACUACUAAUAUGAAUAGUAAUACUAAUAGUAAGACUGUACGUCAGAUGAUUGUAUUGGAGGAUCUCUGUAGUGGUUUUACCCAUCCGUGUAUUCUCGAUAUCAAGAUGGGCAGUCGCCAGUAUGGACUAAACCCAAGCGAGGCAAAACUGCGUAGUAAAGAACGCAAAGCCGCACAGUCCACCUCUAUGCAGUAUGGAGUGCGAUUGGCUGGAAUGAAGCGUUGGUGUGCAGAUACUCAACAGUACGAAACUCAAUCUAAAAUCGCUGGUCGUUAUUUAACAUUAGAUGAAUUGCGGGAAACCGUAGCCCGCUUUACACAACACAGUCAACAAUUACGAUUAUCCUUUCGAGCCCAACUCCGACGAUUACGACGGGUAUUUCAACAACAACAGGUAUUUCGUUUCUAUACCUCUUCCCUGUUGUUUAUAUAUGAUGCCGAUAGACCGCUACUCUCUGCCCGGGUGGUGAUGGUUGACUUUGCCUUCACGUACGAACGGGAGGAACUGCGGCGGGGCGGCGAUCCCGACGCGGCGGAUGAAAAAGACGUUGGAUACAUCAAAGCACUCAACACCAUGAUUGCCAUUCUCUCAUAA